AGAGAGCUGGAGCCGACAUCCUGCCAGCGUUCAGUGGACGUGCAUCUGAAAUUGUGCCAUCAUCUGACCGGCAUCCUGCCAGCAUUCAGCCAACGUUUGGCCAAAAUCGUGCCAUCAUCCAGCUGGUACCCUGCCAACACCGAGUCAUCACAUCACACAUCACAAUGAGUCAUGUUCACUCGAGCAGGACGUCGCCUCUCUGUUCGCUGGGAGGAAACUGCACUGACCAUCAUCACCAUGUUAGGAUGUCUAAACUGCUCCACCUGCCUGACCACUACCCCCCCACACACAGCACUCAUGUGGAACCUCAACUGUUCCCCACCGUGGACGUCCCUGACCAUGCCCACUACAUCAUUGGCUCAGUCAUCCUGUUGGUUGGGGUAACAGGCAUGCUGGGAAAUGCUCUGGUCAUCUACGUGUUCUGUCGCAGUCGGACACUGAGGUCACCCAGCAACCUGCUAGUGGUCAACCUGGCAGCUGCCGACUUCCUGAUGUCCUUGACGCAAUCUCCGGUCUUCUUCGUGGCCAGUCUGCACCGCCGCUGGGUGUUCGGGGAGCUGGCCUGUGAGCUGUAUGCCUUCUGUGGCGCGCUCUUUGGCAUCACCUCCAUGAUGACACUGACUGCAAUAGCAGUGGACCGCUGUCUUGCUAUCACGCAGCCGCUAGCGAUGCUGGGUCGGGUAAGUCAUCACAGAGUGUUGGCAGUGGUGGCGGGGGUGUGGCUGUAUUCUCUGGGCUGGAGUCUGCCGCCAUUCUUCGGGUGGAGUGCAUAUGUCCCUGAAGGCCUCCAAACAUCCUGCAGCUGGGACUACAUGAGCUUCACAGCCGCUGUGCGCACCUACACCCUUCUGCUGUUCUCUUUCGUCUUCUUCAUCCCGCUCGCCCUCAUCGCCGGUUGCUACUUUGCUAUAUUCCGUGCAGUGCGGCAGGCGGGGCAGGAGAUGGAGCAGCUGAACUGCGGUGAGGUCAAUAAGGCAUACGAGCGUCUGCGCAGUGAGUGGCGGAUGGCUAAGGUGGCUCUGGGGGUGAUCCUUCUCUUCAUUGUUUCCUGGUCACCAUACUCUGCAGUUGCUCUCACCGCCACUGCCGGCUAUGCCCACUUGCUGACUCCAUACAUGAACUCAGUGCCUGCUCUCAUUGCCAAGGCUUCAGCCAUCCACAAUCCCAUCAUUUAUGCCAUCACACACCCAAAAUACCGUGCUGCCAUUGGCCACUAUAUCCCUCUUCUACGUGGCGUACUGCGACUGCAGGAGAAGGACCUGCGCUCCUCUUUCAGCUCCAGUGCCACGUCGUCUCGUUGUACCACUUUUACCAGCUCGCCAAAAGUCAGGCUCAACGCUGGCGUCCAGACUGGCCACUGGGGUAAGGACCAUGACUCCUCUGUGUCUGACAGCGAGCCGUGCUGGACGGACAUUGAAGCUGAUGGCUUGAGUGGAAGAUCAAAGAGGCAGGCAUCCACAGAGGUCACCGCUGAGCCCUCUGGCUCUGCCCCACCAAGUCAGCACGGGGGGCAGACCGACACCAAUUCACCUGACGGCGUCGUGAUAGAGGCUAAACCUCUGUUGCUUCCCCUGUGAUGCUGCUCACAUGGCUCCAUCCCCACUGGUUCAAGAUUUUGAUUGGAUGGACUGAAAACAUGAUGACAGUGUGAUGAGGGCCUUUUACAAUGAUGACAUCACUGCAUUGCUCAGAGUUAUUAUGCUGCUGAUUGGAAAGUUGAGCUUAAUGUGAAAAUUAAUUGAUUUCCUUGUGAUGUGAUCAAUCAGUUUUUCCCAAUUGUUUGUUUUUGUGACUGAAGUUUAGGUCAAACUUUACUUCAUCAGGAGUGUCAAACACUUCUCCCAGAAACUGUCAUGACUGAUUUAUCAUUGAGAUUCAGCAUUCACAUUAAUUAUCAGGGGUGCUCACAUGAUGAUGUAUGAGCUGUGAAGUGUCACUUCCUGUUAUGCUGAGUCUUUAUUCCUUCAGCUCUCAGCAGUAAUGACUUCAUUAACUUCUUUACAAAUAAGUUUUUUAAAGAAAAUUAACUCCCCCACUCUGAGGUCACUUCCUGUUAAAGGGGAGUUCUUCCUUCCCACUGUCGCUGAGUACUGAUUGGUGCUUUUUUUUCUCUCUGAUGAUGCAGAUACAAAUACAUUUAAUUUCAGAUGGAUCUGAUUUAUUGAUAACUGUC